AACAACUCUGCGACUCUGCAGUAGCUUGUCAAAGAAGCUGAGACGACGACAAUGGAGGACACAAGGCACACAUGCUUGAAGCUCCAACCAAAAGGCGCCGCCGAACCCAUCUUUGUCAAAGGGACUUGGUUCCACUCCCAUUUCGACCUCUCAAUAACUGAUGGCCAUCACGCUUGGAUCUGCCAAGCAUCGGAGGAGCAAGUGAAGGACCGAGCAGUUCAAUGGGACCAGCCGGUGCCGGAGUACGUGGCGUUGGCCGAAAGGUACUUAGGGUUUCAGCAGCCCGGUUCCGUCUACGGCUUUGCUGAUGCUGGUGACGGCCAUAAAAGAUUAUCAUGGACUUUUGAGAAGGAAGGGACCAAGCUGGAAUGGCGAUGGAAAUGUCAACCAUCACCUAAUAGUAAGAAAACUACAGCGGAUAUAAUGGACUUUCUCAUGGACGCAAACAUAAGGCUAAGUGAAGAAGUUGUGAGGAAAACUCAAUCAUUUGAAAGGCUGAAAGUGGAAUCUGAGAAAUGUUUAGCACAGAGUGAGAAGUUAACCAAUGAGAAGAUGGAGUUUGAAUCUGCAGUAUAUGCAAAGUUCCUUGCAGUCUUGAAUUCAAAAAAAGCUAAGCUUAGAGAGCUUCGAGACCAGCUUCAAAAGAAGAAUGCUACUGGGAAAUUACCAAAAGAAGAGGAGUCCACAGAUAAAACUGAAAGUUUUGAUGGAGGAAGCGAUGACGAGAAUAGUGAGGAAGAGACUUCUGAAAAUCUCACAGGCACUUCAAAAGAUAUUCCUACAAGUAGGCCUCGUGGUCGAAAGAAGAUGCUACGGAAGUAAUGUUUACUUCUCAACUGUAGAUUGCGUAAGUUUAGGCCAAAGCCUAUCAUUCCUUAUUUAGGCUUUUCUAUAUUUUCAGUGUUCAAAUCAAUUUGUACUUUGUAAAUAUUCCAUGAAUAUACGGACAAAACGAAACUAGAUUAACACCUCAA